CACUUUGAUUUUCUUCAGUUUAACUGUUUGAUAUUUUGGCCAGAUAAACAAUAUGCACUGGGAAAAAUCACAGCCAUCCACCCAGGGAAGGUCCAGGCCGUACCAGGGAGUUCGUGUCCGGGAUCCAGUUAAGGAGCUGCUGAGGAGGAAGAGGAGCCUGGAGCAUCACAGCACCAAGACGACACAUUUCACAGCUGAUGUGGUGGGUUACAGCAAUCAGUCAUCGUUUACACAAGGUGGUUUUUGUUCAGAUGUUGCCAGUGCUUCCCCUGCUGAGCAGUCUCCUGGGGCAGCAGACCGAGGGCUACAGGGUGCCGGGUGGAAACCUGCUCCCCCCACCACCACCUCUGGGCUGCAGCCUGCUGUGAUGCCGUGGUCUACAUCUGACUACAACCAGCAGGACUCCGCAGCUCAGACUCUGGCCUACCCAGCUGCCUCUGCCCUCACUGCUGAUGUAUACAUGCAGACUCUGUGUCCCAGCUACACCAUGCUGACCUAUACACACACACCGCUGCUAACUAACUUUGGCACCAUCCCAGUGGCUCCAGGUCAAAGCUCCCUCGCUCAGAUGGAGCGCCCAGACUCCGGGCUGGCCUAUCCCUUGUGGGCACAGCCUCUUACCACCAUAUCUGCCAUGCCCAACCCAGGAGUUCAGUUUGCCUCAGGUUCUGCAGCUCUGCCUGGACCCCCUUUGGUUCAUAUGCCUUUAUCCAUGUCUUUGUCCGCCAUGAUUCCUCAACCAGAGACCCAGGCGGUGGACCCUCACCCUCAGAUUCUGGACAUCCAACAGCACUCAGAGCAUGAGCUGGACCAAGAACCACAAGAUCAUUCCUUGGAAGAAAAUCCUGAAGAAGAGCCAGGGUCCCCUAAUCUGCUGGAUAAACUUCUGGAAGAUCAGAAGGGGCACGAUGACGAGGAAGACAAGAAUUCAUACUCCAGCUCCAUGUUCUUACCUAAUGUCUGAAGUCACAACAGUUUAUUCCAUUGAAACAGAUUUUUUAUUUUUUUUUUGUAACUCGGUGGUCAUGACAUUGCAGAAAUUUUUGGCAUUAACUUUAGCUCAAUUCUUGCCUUAGUUCACAGACAAUCCACCUUAAAUCAGACAGAGCUGGAAAUGUUUAGCAAACAAGUAGGGCGAAAAUCUCAGCACUAGAUGCACAAAACUGAUAGAUUAAUUUCACAAAGAUUAAUUUGCAGUAAAAUGUGAUUCUACUUGGUAUUGGCACUGGAAUGAACAGAAAUGCAUGACAAAUAUUUCUGUCUCAUACUUCACAAUUUUACAGAAAUCUGUCCCCGCCCAAAAAUCCCAAAUUAAUUUGUAUUUGUGUGAAAAUGUGGAGAAAAACAUCAACAAUUAAGGCACAGCAUUUCUUUAUGGAAACUUGGAUGUAACUUCACACAAAUGGAAAGUAGAUCUUUCCUGCCUUGUACCUGUGUCCAGCCUAGAGCACUCUUCACGUUCUCUGAAAAAUAAAGAAAAGCCUCACUAAAGUCAACAAUUGUCUUCAGUUGAAAGAUAAGAAACUGUUCUCUGUUUGUAACUCUUGGUUUUAGUGGCGCAACAUGUCAUCCUCUCUUCACAGGUUAGUUAUUCCAGUUACUGACUGCAGCUGUGGAGGUUGUGAAAAGGCGAUGAUCUUAGGUUUUGUCCUAAAUAUGUAGUAUGCAGAUAUUUGUUUUGGAACGUGUUAUGUUUUAAUCAAAGGCACAAAUAAGGUAUAUUUAAGGUUUGUCUACAACCACAAAUAUAAGAACUGAUAACAUAUUCAGUUGUUAAUAUUUAAACAUAGACAUGCUUUGUCUAUGUCUAGUGUAGAAAAAUAUGCUAAACACCAUUAAACGUGUGUUUACUUCUAUGUUAAGGUCACAUAAUUAUCUGGGAAAGUGAGAUUUCAAGUGUUCCUUCA